ACAUGAUCCUUCAACCUCAGACCACAGGACAAGCUGGUGGUUAUUAUUGUCUCCAGUUUGACUUCCUGUUCUUUCAUCUUCAGUAUUAAACUCUGAGCUCUGCUGCUGUUGUACCCACAUUCUCACUUCCCCUUCACUUCUAAGAAGAAACGAAGUGCCACACUGUAUCAGGACACUAAUGCAUUUCACCUGGGUUCUAGCUGCUAAUGGGGAGACAAAGAGACUGAUGUCACCAUGAGGAAGUGAGCAGGAAGUUGAUGCUGUAUUCAUCUCUGAGAGCAAGAACAGAGACUGAGAGAGACAGAGAAGCACGAUGGCUGCAUUCACAUGGAUUCAAAUGUCUUCAUUACUAAUACUGAUGCUUCAGUUUAAAGUAACAACUGAGCAACAUCAAACUGUUCAAACUGUCACAGCUGGACGUGGACAUGAUGUUACUCUGCCUUGUAAAAAUGUGAUACAAGGUCAGCAUAACUGUAUCAGUACUACCUGGAUCUUCAGUGAUUCAAGCAGCUCAGUAGAACUCUUUGAACUUGGGAAGAAUAAAAAAGCCAAACCUAAAUCAGACAGACUGAGUCUUUCUGCAGACUGUUCUCUGGUUAUAAAGAAGGUCACAGAUCAGGAUGUUGGUCGUUACACCAGCAGACAGUACAAAACAGCAACAGGAUCACAAGAAGGUCCAGACUUUACGAUUGAUCUGUCUGUUAGUAACAUUGAAGAUGUGAAAACGACAACCAAAUCAACAAUUAAACCAACAUUAACAAUAACAAAUAUAUGGACAACAGAAGAGGAAGUAAAGACAUCGCUGACAACAACAUCAAAUCAACCAGACGAGCCGGCAACAACAAAAUCAACAACAGUGGAGUUUACCACAAAAACAUCAUCAACAAGAAAAUCCACAUCAACAACUACGUCAGAAGAGACAUCAAAUAAUCCACCAGGAGUUCAGUCAUGGUUUAUCAUCGUUCCUGUGGGUUUAGCAGCACUGUUAGUUGUUGUGGUGAUCAUCAUAUGGAAGAAAACUAAAGAAAACAAAACACAACAGAGCGACAACACUGCUGAAGCCGAUGAUGAAGUUUCCUACGCCUCCAUCAGCUUCACAAAGAAAACCAAGAAUAAAGACCGGCCCCGCGUCGAUGAUGAUGGUGAGACUAUGACCUACAGCACUGUGAAGACUUUCUCUCCACCUGCUGGAGUUUCCACUGAUUCCAGCGACCUCUAUUCCACCAUCAACAAACCAAAGACAUAGUAUGUUGGUCAUGAAAGGCUGCAUGUUGUUUUUCUUGAUGCUGCAUCAAUGUUUCGAUUGUAAAUUUCUUUACAUUUUUUAAAUUAAAAUGUAAUAUUUGUGUGUAAUAUAUAGGUAAGCACUUUUCUGAAAGCUUAACUCAAGUCAGUACAGACAAGGUAGUUUAUUUAGCUUCUGAAUUAAGUCAUGUGAGAUGUUUUUAAGUAAAUAACUUACCUGUUGUUUUCUUAAGCACAUUAGUAGAUCUAAAUCUUCCCAUUCCUUAAUUUUAAAUUUUUUUUAAUGCCUUAAACAUAUUCUCAUCAUCAUCUAUGACAGUAUUACAUUACACACCAAACACGAUAGGUCGUUGCGAAAAAGUAAUCUUAAAAAAUGCAAUGUGAAAAAAAUGAAGUGAUGAUGAGCUAGUCUGCAUGUUUUU